GAGAGCUACCAAAAGGUAGUAGAUCGUUUCAAUAUUGCAAGAUCAACUCUAUAUGACCGACAUCAUGCAGGACAUUUGCCUCACCCCAUCAACGCACCUCGCCGUCUCACAGUGCAGCAAGAAGAACAGCUCAUUCUCAAAAUCAAUGAGUAUGCAAACCGCGGAACCCUCCUCACCCCUCGCCAUGUGAGAAGGCUUGCUGAAGCUAUUUGUGGUGAGCAGGUAGGCCUCAAUUGGGUCUCCCACUUUGUUGAUCAACAUCGCCACACCUUGUCCUCUUGUUUCUUCACCUGCAAGGAGCUCAGACGUCUCAAAGCAGACAAGCCAGAGGUUCGAAAAGCGUUUGCUUUCAUGUUGCAGGUCAAAGCAGUUUACAAUUCUGGUCUCUAUCCCCGCUCCUGCAUAUUCAACAUGGACGAGUCCCCUUUCACUCUCUCAGACACUCAUAAGACUCGGCACAUUGCUCCUCUAGAUCAUCCACAGAAUGGUCAAGCUGCUCCCUCAGCAAAUGAACACAUCACCUCUGUGGCUUGUAUUGGGAUCAAUUCUGCUCCUGUUCCUCCCCUUAUCCUCUAUCAAGGUACACAUCUUCAAGAGAGUUGGACAGCAGUUAGAGAAGAAGACGUCCAUCAAGUCGCUGGUGUCACUAAUUCCGGGUGGAACAACAGUCAUAUGAUGUUGGUUUGUCUUGAAGAGUCCUUUGACCGAUACAUGAAGGACCAAGCAAAGAAUGGUCAGAGACGGCUCCUCUUUCUGGAUGGAGUGGAACCACAUGUCAAAGUUGAGUUUUUAGAAGCCUGCUGGGCUCGCAAUAUUGUCUGCAUCACCUUCCCUGCUAACCUCAGCGAUAAAUUUCAGCCACUCAAUGUCGAUUUCUUUGGCAACAUGAAGCGGGCAUAUGUUGAAAAUAUUCAAACGUUCAUGGUUGGAUCGUCCGUCACACAUGUCAAUAAAGGUUUAUUCUGGGGCUGGCACCAGAAAGCGUGGAGGGCUACAGCAACUGCACGACAGAUGCGAGGAGCAUGGAGGAAGGCAGGACUUUGGCCCCUAGAUCAGGAAAUGAUGCAAGCUUUGGAUGAGGAAAAACCAACCACACCCCCUCCCCGAGACCGUCUAGAAGAUCCCCUGACACCUUACAACAUCCGCAUCUUACGUGAGAAUGAUUGCCUUGUUCGACAAGGGAAGCUUAGCCCAACAAAAGCAUUGCUGAGGUCGGAAAAGGCGCAGGAAUGUUCACUUGCAGAGACAGCGUUACUCAGGAUGGAGUUGGAUGGAGAGCGGGAGACUAGGAAGUUGGACCAGGUAGCUAGGGGAAGUCGCAAGCGUCAGACGUAUACAAACGGUCAGUUGUUUGACCCUCGGUACCAAGAAGAACAUGCAGAGGAACUUGCGAUCCGGAAAGCAGAGGAGGAAGAGGCAAAACAAAGAAAAAGAAAUGCCGCACGGAAGAAACAACCUCAGAGGGAGCAAAACUUGGCUCGGGACUGCACCCCAGGUCCGUCUACCUCUGUGUGA